AUGGCCAACUACGACGGCUAUGUAAUCGAUGUGUGGAAGCAGUACUAUCCACAAGAAGUUGAAAUUAAGCACUCUCCAGUGCUUGACUACUAUGAUAUCCAUGAGGAGAUCCGGAACAAUGAGGCAGACAAGGCAACCGUUCGUAAAGAAAUCAACACCAUGUCCGUGCUCCGUCAUCCAACCCUUAUCAACCUGCACGAUGCAUUUGAAGGCGAUAAGGAAAUGGUUAUGAUUUACGAAUUCAUGUCCGGUGGCGAGUUGUUCGAGAAAGUCGCCGAUGAUCGAAUCGAAUGA